GACUGACAGAUAGUUCGUCGUUGCCAGCAGGCUUUAUACCUUACCCUAAGGCCCCGUUUCCAUAAUAUUCCAAUAACUCGCCUGGUCCAACUCUUUGUCGUCGGUCCGUGAGGUUAACAUUGGUCUUCGAAAACCAAUCUACUUAAAGUUCAAUCAUGCGUGAAUGUAUCUCCAUCCAUGUCGGCCAGGCCGGAGUCCAGAUGGGCAAUGCCUGCUGGGAGUUGUACUGCUUGGAGCACGGUAUCCAGCCUGAUGGCCAGAUGCCCAGUGACAAGACCAUUGGAGGUGGUGACGAUUCCUUCAACACCUUCUUCAGCGAGACUGGCGCAGGCAAACACGUCCCCCGUUGUGUCUUCGUGGAUCUUGAGCCAACUGUAGUCGAUGAGGUCCGAACUGGAACCUAUCGCCAGCUCUUCCACCCCGAGCAGCUCAUUACCGGUAAGGAGGAUGCCGCCAACAACUACGCCCGUGGUCACUACACCGUCGGAAAAGAGCUCGUUGACCUCGUCCUGGACAGAAUUCGCAAAUUGGCCGAUCAGUGCACCGGUCUCCAGGGAUUCCUCAUCUUCCACUCCUUCGGUGGUGGUACCGGAUCUGGUUUCACCUCCCUCCUCAUGGAGCGUCUCUCAGUCGACUACGGCAAGAAGUCCAAGCUGGAGUUCGCCAUCUACCCAGCUCCCCAGAUCUCAACCGCUGUUGUUGAGCCAUACAACUCCAUCUUGACCACCCAUACCACUCUUGAGCACUCCGACUGUGCUUUCAUGGUCGACAACGAGGCCAUCUAUGACAUCUGCCGCCGUAACUUGGACAUCGAGCGACCAACCUACACCAACUUGAACAGGCUCAUUGGUCAGAUCGUCAGCUCCAUCACCGCUUCUCUGCGAUUCGAUGGUGCCCUCAAUGUCGACAUCACUGAGUUCCAGACCAACUUGGUGCCCUACCCACGUAUCCAUUUCCCUCUGGCCACCUAUGCCCCAGUCAUCUCUGCCGAGAAGGCCUACCAUGAGCAGCUGUCCGUUGCUGAGAUCACCAACGCCUGCUUCGAGCCAGCCAACCAGAUGGUGAAAUGUGACCCUCGUCACGGCAAGUACAUGGCAUGCUGCAUGUUGUACCGUGGCGAUGUUGUCCCCAAGGAUGUCAACGCUGCCAUCGCGACCAUCAAGACCAAGCGGACCAUCCAGUUUGUCGACUGGUGUCCUACUGGCUUCAAGGUCGGAAUCAACUACCAGCCGCCAACAGUCGUCCCAGGUGGUGACUUGGCCAAGGUCCAGCGGGCAGUCUGCAUGUUGAGCAACACCACCGCCAUUGCCGAGGCCUGGGCUCGUCUUGAUCAUAAGUUCGAUCUUAUGUACGCCAAGCGUGCCUUCGUCCACUGGUACGUCGGAGAGGGUAUGGAAGAGGGAGAGUUCUCCGAGGCCCGAGAGGAUUUGGCUGCCCUUGAGAAGGAUUACGAAGAGGUCGGUAUGGAUUCCGCUGCGGGCGAGGAGGGGGAGGAAGAAGGCGAGGAAUAUUAAGCAAAACUCCUGGCAAUCAAUCCAAUGAGUAGGAACCAUUGACAUUCACAAUAACGAAAACAACAAUUAAAGUACGGCAAUAGCCUUCAUUGACAUUGAAUUUUCCAUAAAAAUUAAAGUAAAUAGUGUAGGUGCUACCAAGACUUUUCGGUGGCAGAACAGUGUAAUGAAAAUGAUAUAAACAUGUUUUUUGAGUGAUACAGCCAUGAAGAGAGGUGCGACUUCCCCUGACCUAUUUUACAGUAAUGGACAGGAUAUCAAGCAAAUAAUCCUUACCCUAGUAAAAGUCAUCACGUCUCGUCCACUAGGCCACUCCCCCUUGCAAUCCUCUACCGUCUGGUUGACCAACACCCCCGCAUUAUUCGCGGCGAUGUGUCCUUCCACAAUGGCUUCGAUGAGAUUUUCAAGUGCAGUCUGAAAGCGAGGCGUUUAUCAGGAACUGAGCUGUCGCAAAUGUUAUCAAAUUGAAACAAAACUUAUGAUGUCAGUGUAAAACUUUUAAAGCAAUAAAAUACUCUUACAUUCUUACCUUUCUA